AAUGACGCCUAUCUAAAUCCCCUAGAUGGCGGUAUAGGCUGUGUUGUCGCGUGUGAGUCGUGAACCCUAGCAAUCGGCCGAAGAAGAAACUACGGCAAGUCAGAAAAUUCCGAAUUCUGGAAUCGUCGCUCUGAUUUUUAUGUUUUCUGCGUGACAGAUGCGUGUUUUCGCGCUUCACUUAUUGCAAUUUUAAUGUCAGUCCAUAAGUGAAGGUACUAAUAAGUGAACGUUUAGUCUUCCAGCGAACACAAUUUUAAUACUGUUAGCCUGCCAUUCACGGUAAUCUCGAGGGUUUUCUCUCGACGAGAUAUCUAAAAUGAAAAACCCAGCGGCUAAAACGCGAUUGUAAACACCAAAUCCUGAUUUGGGAAAGCUAGUUGGCGGGUUUUCGUUCGUGAGACGUCAGCAGAAUGACAGAUGAUGCCGUCCUGCUGGAAGUGCCUGUCAUUCAGCAGUUGUACCACUGGGAUUGUGGUUUAGCAUGCUCCAGGAUGGUACUCAAGUACCUGCACCCCAUUAGUGAUGAGCAAUUUCGGAGAGCAUGCUGGGAGCUGAAAAUGACUGAGAGUGUGUGGACUAUUGACCUGGCCUACCUCAUGUGCCAUCUAGGAAUCAAGCAUUGCUUUUACACACAGACCCUGGGAGUUGAUAAGGGCUUUAGGAGUCAGUCCUUUUAUAAGAAGCAUUUUGAUACCGAAGAAGACCGAGUGAAUGAGCUUUUUCUUAAAGCAGAAACGAAAGGUGUGGUUGUUAAGAAAUGCUCUGUGAGCAUUCAAGAAAUCGAGUCUCACCUAGAGGAGAGGCACGUUGCCAUCGUUCUCGUCAAUGCGGUCAUCUUGACGUGUGAACUUUGCGCCGCACCUGUCAAGUACUGCUGCUUCCUCCCUGUGGGCCAGAAGUGUUUCUGCCGGAAACCCGAGUAUCAGGGACAUUUUGUGGUGCUGCGUGGCUUCAACAGGACCACUGGAUGCAUUCUGUACAACAACCCUGCGUAUUCUGACCGGGUCUGCUGCACCACUGUCAGUAACUUUGAAGAGGCUCGGCGGAGCUACGGGACAGACGAGGACAUCCUCUUCAUCUUUAAAACAAGCUGAUAGGCACUUUUGGAUUUUACUUCGUAUAAUGAACACUAUCAUGAUUAAAUAUAGGACUUCAAUAGAUCCAUUCCCCUAUACCUUCACCCCCGCUGGUGCUAAUGAGUUCAGUUGCUCAUGUGAAAACAAAUUUCCUCAUUUUCAGUUUUCAGAAAGUGGUGCACAUUAUUCAGGUCUUAUAGUUUUAUUCAUAUUUGUUUUUUUUCCAAGUGAACACAAUUUGUUUUUGCAAGUAGUCCUAACACGAUGUGUCACAUUUUGGUCACAUGCUUAUUGCAACAGGGAAACUAGUCGGGGUUUGAAAGUCUCAGGUAAUUAAAAUCUGCCUUACAAUGAUGCGUUCAGAGAUGUAUUGAUUGAACAUGUUUUUUGUUAAUUAUUACUAGUCUCUGUGUAAAUUUGAGUUGCAUUAUAUUAAAAAAUGUGACUCCCA